UUUCUAGUUUGUGGCCUACCCCUGAGCAGAGGUUGUCUGCGGCAAGGCCCCUGCUUGCCGCGGCAGCGCAGGUAGCUGCUAACUCGACGAGUAAGCCGCAGAGUGGCUUCAAGUUGCUUUAUAGCCUUCAUACAUUACAGCUUACUGGAAUCACCUGUCAUAGGGUUAGCGCGACUUGUCAGCCUUCAAGCAACUCCGCCAAGUACGCUCACAGACAGCUUUCCGGUACAACGUCCUGUGUACUCUUGAGCGCCAACACAUUAGUACCGCUACAUACAGAGACACAUGGAGGCCAAACGGGAAAUAUCUGGCUUCUUCCUCUCUGCGGAAAAGUUCGCAUCGCAUGUUGCGGCGAUCGCCAGCCCCGACUGCACAACCAAACGUUUGCGCCUCUUCCACAAUGAACCCCACCACACAUCCGCUGUGGUCCAAGCGCUCACACACAAUACCUCAGUCACAUCCCUGGACAUUUUUGAGCUGGACUCUGCGGCCGCUACAACUCUGGCCUCCGUCCUCUCACCCGACAUGCCACCCAUUACAAGCCUCGCCGUACACCACCUGCACGACCACGAAGCCGUGUGCCGCCUCGCUCAAGGCAUUGCAGCCAACCGCAACCUUAAGGAGCUGCACUUCUCACAACUAAACGCUCGCGGCGUAACCGCGCUGGCCGAGGCGCUGGCGGCGUGGGCCACAUCCCCUUCCACCCUGACUUCUCCUGCCGCCUCAGCGUCUGCUUCCUUGCAGCCACGUACAACAACGGCAACCCAGGAUACCAACCAGCAACCGCAGCUCGCGCGUUUGCAGCUGCUGCGGCUGGAGAAGUGCCUGGUGAACGCGGGCGCGGCGGCAGCGCUGGCCGCUGCUCUGGGUCCGCAGGCCGCAGCUCUGGAGCGGCUGCAGGUGGUGGAGUGCGACCUGGCGGAUGCGGCUGCUGCGGCGCUGCUGGGCGCCCCCGAGUGGGGAGCGCUGGCGGGGGCGCACGUGCUGAGCUGCUUGGACCUCACCUCAUGCGGUGUGGGCGUGCAGGGUGCCGCCCUCCUCGGCCGCUUCCUGGCCACCUCCCGCAGCCUGCACACCCUCAACCUCGCCAACAACAAGAACCUGGGUUGCGCCGGCGUCACCGCCCUGCUGCAAGGCCUGCCCGCCAACACCUCCCUCACCCGCCUGGACCUAUCCUGCUGCGGCAUCGCCACGCAAGGGGUGCAGGCCCUGGCGGCGGCGCUGCGGCCGCAGGCUGCGCCCCCAAGCGCGGACGCCGACGCAUCCCACAACGCCCCAUCUUCGGAGGCUGCGCCGCCCCCGACGCAUCCGCUGCAACACCUGGUGCUGAGCGGCAACUCCGCGGGGGCUGCUGGGCUGCUGGCGCUGCUGCGCGCCAUGUCGGGUCCACAGCCCUGCAGGCUGCGGACGCUGCAACUCGACCGAAACCACAUCCGCGGUGUGGAGCUGGCGGAGGCGCUGGGCGUCGCGGCGGCGGCGGAGGCGGCAGGGCCGUACAAGACCACCACGACGGCGCCGCCGCCCGCUGUUGCGCCGACGUCGACGGAGGUGCUGCGAGUGACGGCGCCGCUGGAGCUGCUGUCGCUGGCGGGUAACGCGCUGUACGACACAGGCGUGACGGCGCUGGCGGCGUGCCUGGCGGAGGCGCCCUGCCUGGAGCAGCUGGACCUCCGGGAGAACGGCAUCGCGGACGCCGGCGUCACGGCGCUGCUGCCGCUGCUGGCGCCCGCCCGCAACGGCUCCGCCGUUGCAAGUGGUGGUGCGGCGGCGCCUCCUCCGCUUGCCGGGCUGCAAGGUCUGCUGCUCGACGGCAACCGGGUGCACAACGCGGGUGCGCAGAUGCUGCUGGCGGCGGUGACGGCGGCUCCGGGGCUUUGGCGGUUCUCCGUGGAGGCGAACAAGAUGACGGACCCCGGCUUGCGCCUGUCGCUGGCGCAGCUCGGCCAGAUGCGCGCCGCGCGGCACUCGCAGCUGGUGGCCCUGGGUCGCCAGUACUCCGCAUCCUCCUCGUCCUCCUCCUCGGGGGCGUCGGAGGACGCGGCAGGACGCCGCGGCAGCGGAGGCGGAGCCGGCGGGAGGGGUUCUGGCGGUGGCGCCGGCGGCGGCAGUGGCGGCGCUGGCGACACCGCUAGCAGCGGAGGCGGCAGUGGUGGUGGUGGUAAGAAGGAGGCGGGUGGCAGGGGCGGUGGUAAUGGUGAUGGUGGCGACGGCGGCGGCAAGCAGGAGGGCGGGGCGACGUCUUCCUCGCCCAUGGACACCGAGGAGGGCCCGCCGGCGGUCCAACACAGCUCAGGCUCCUGCACCCAGCAGCGUCAACAUACCGGACAGCCCCCUGCUCCUUCUCACGGCUACUGCCAGCAGCCGCACCCAUCCCAGCAGCCGCAGCCGCACCCCCUGCAGUACCCCAAGCACCGUCUGGACGAGCGGCAGGGCAGCGAGGGAAGCAGCGACGGGGAUGAGCAGCGGCUGCUGCAGCCGACGGCACGCAACGUAGCGGCACGGGGCGCCGCCGCUGGCGACGGCACCGGCGGCGCCGACAUGGCGGCUGCGGUAACGCCGCCGCCGGGGUCAGCAGGUGUAGGCGAGGCCGCUGCUCCCGGGUCGCAUGCUGGGUGGUACGCGACGGGACAUGCUGGCGCUGUGGCGGGCCACGAGGGCGCAGGAACCACCACGUCCUCCUUCACCACCUCCUCUGCACCCGGCCGCGCCGACCGGUCCUCCCUGGACGGCUCCUCCCUCUCGUCCUCCUUCACCGCCGCCGUCAGCCCCCCCGGCAGCGCCGUCACCUGCGGCAGCCUGGGCUGCUCCUCAAGCCCCUUUGCCGCCGCGGCUGCGCAGCAGCAGCAGCAGCACCACCACCGCCAGCAGGACCAGCAGCUGCAGAAGCUGUACGACGCCGCAGUCGCCGCCGCCAGCGCUACC